AUGCGCCACGCGUGGCCACCUCAUUGGACCGUGGAAAGGACUCGGUGCGGUGAGGUGGCGAGUCAUUUUCGAGGGGGUGCGGUGGGAGUGCAUUUCGAGACGAAUUCCAGUGAUCAAGUGUCUUCAUUUCUGGACAUGCUUAACUCAGAAUAUUCUGAGUAUGAGGAGCUUGCAAGGCCAACUCAAAACUUUUAUUUUUCACAAAGAAUCGGUGAAGAAAAAAUUGUUGAAGCAACUCCUGUUCCAUCUCAAGUUUCUCCGGAAAAAGCAAAAGAAAAAAGGGCUAGAACUAAAAAUUUUACAAAGCAAGAAGAUGAAAUGCUUAUUCCAGCGUGGGAAAGUAUUUCACUAGAUUCGAUUACGGGUUCUGAUCAAACAAAUGGUACUUAUUGGCAGAGAAUACAAAGCUAUUUUAUGAAACAUAAAUACUUCAAAUCUGAUCGUAGUAUCACUUCGUUAACGCACCGCUGGUCUGUGAUUCAACUUGGAGUCAACAAAUUUCAAGGAUUUUAUAACCAAUUUGAUGGACGGAGUGGGUUUACAGAACUUGAUAAGAUUGCACAUGCAAAGAAGCUGUAUAAGGAUGUUCUCAAUGUUACCUUUUCUCUGGAGCAUUGCUGGAAUAUGCUAAGGCAUUUGCUGAAAUGGAAUACUGAGUUUGCUACCAAAAAAUCGAAAGCUCGGAAAGAAAGUCCCCCACUUUCUUCCUCACAAGAAUGUGAAAUGUUAGAGAAAUCAGAAUUUGAAAGGCCUGUUGGAAGAAAGGCUGCUAAAGAGCUGCAAAAGAAAAAAAAAAGAGAAUGGGAAGUGAAUGUGAUGAUAAUGGUGGAGCUGCAAUUUUGGAACAAAUGA